CUUUUAUUUGCAUAGCCAAACCAAAAACACGGCUUGAAUGGUAGAACCCGCCUGUACUUUCAUGCUUUCUCUCUCGUCCUCCUCUUGUGCGAGUGCGCAACUCGCGCUGUUCUCUUUCCCGGGACAGUCAGACUCCACUCUCUCUCUUUCUCUUCUCCUUCCUCUCCUUUCUUCAUCCUUUGGUUCUUGCAAACAAGCCUGGUAUUACCGCUGCCUCGGCCCCGACCCAUAAACCCAAUUCUUUCUCUCUCUCUCUCUAAACUUUGCAACUCCUCUUUGUUUAAUCUUGAUCAAUCUCUAUAGCUUCAUCUCAAAUGGGUACCAGAGAAAACGCCAAAAAAACCAGUAAUAUAGAGGUAAAGAGAAGCCUUUCAGAGAAAAUGUUGUCACAGAAGCAGCAGAAGAAGAAUAACGAGAAUCAGAAAGCGAAGAACAGUCGGUUUUUGAUCACUGUCAACGUUCUUGGGAGUGCUGGUCCAAUAAGGUUUGUGGUAAAUGAGGAUGGUAACGUUGGUGGGGUAAUUGAUUCAGCUCUAAAACUCUAUGCUCGUGAACGUCGCCUUCCUGUUCUUGGUUCUGAUGCAAAUAGUUUCCUUCUCUAUCCUGCCAAUGCUGGAUCGGAUGCUCUUAGUCCAUCCGAAUCGAUCGGGUCUGGUGGGGGAAGGAACUUUGUACUGUGCAAGAAGCAGAGCCAGCCACAUAUGACAGAAUCGAGGUCGGACUUGGUUAAUGCUCGGAAGAGGAACAGUGGUUGGAAGGCAUGGCUCAAUAAGUCAUUCUCUUUCAAGAUAAUGUCUCACUGA